CACCACCCUCCGGUGUUGUUGUUGGCUUUUGUAGUGUUACUAAAAGAGUCGUGCGCUGUGGCUCCUACGGCCGCCAUCCCUGCCCUGAUUUUGGUGCCGCCGCCCGACAGUUGGCUCGCCGCGCGCAUGCAGCAGAAUGGCUCGAGCGGUUCCAACGGUUCCGAGGGCUGCGGCGGCGCGAGGGCCCGCCAGGCUCUGUCCUUCAGCCCGCUGCCCGCCGCAACGACGCGGGUCCGGCGGUUCAUUCAGGAGAGACGGACGCUGCCUCUGCCGAGAGUGAUGGUGGUGUUCUCGGCCGCGGGGGACACCGAGAAACCGGGCGAUGCCAUGUCAAGCUCGGACUCCGCUGCGGAGGAUGACUUCCGAAAGCCGGCCUCCCCGGCACCGAGCUUCGCCCUCAGCAAGCCGCUCCGCUCCUCGCUCAACACGCCGGAGCAGGAGUUUCCAGAGGUCAUCUCUCUGAAUGUUGGGGGCACGUACUUCACCACCCGCCUGUCCACGCUGCGGCGGUACGAGGACACGAUGUUGGCCGCCAUGUUCAGCGGGCGGCACUACAUCCCGCGUGAUGCGGAGGGACGCUACUUCAUCGAUCGGGAUGGAACGUACUUUGCGGACAUCCUGAACUUCUUGCGAGAAGGGGAGCUUCCUCACAGGGACCGGGUGCGAGCGGUGCACAGAGAGGCCCAGUUCUACGCCAUGGGCCCGCUGCUGGACCGCCUGGAGGACACUCAGCCGCUCACCGGGGAGAAGGUUCGGCAGGCGUUCCUGGACCUGAUGCCCCACUACAGAGACAAUCUGGAGCAUAUCGUGGAGAUCGCCAAGCUGAGGGCGAUGCAGAAGAAGGCGCGCUUUGCCAAGUUGAAGAUCUGCGUCUACAAGGAGGAGAUGCCCAUCACGCCGUACGAGCAGCCACUUUUUAACUCUCUGCGCUUCGAGCGCUCGGACAGCGAGGCCAAGCUCUUCGAGCACCACUGCGAGGUGGACGUCUCCUUCGGCCCCUGGGAGGCGGUGGCGGACGUCUACGACCUGCUGCACUGCAUCGUCGGCGACCUGGCGGAGCGCGGCAUCACCGCCGAGCAGCAGUGCAUCGGCGUCUGUGACAAGCACCUCAUCAACCAUUACUACUGCAAGAGGCCCAUCUACGAGUUCAAGAUCACGUGGUGGUGAAGUUAAAGGUGAGAUGUGUUAAGUCCCCACUGACGUGAACUGGAAGCCAGCACCACGGAGAGCUCCAACCCAGUCUGAGCCCUUCAAGGCCCGGUGGGUCAUCUAACGACAGCCCUCCACAGCCACGCCCACUAAAUGAUCAUUACAAAUAUAACAAAGCAAAUAAAUACUCACAGCUGUUAAGCAAUGGGUGACAAAUCAUGUACAUACAAUGAAUACAUGUAUACAUAAUUUAAUGAAUGAAUACAGGAAUAAAUAAUUUACUC